AGAUAGACGACAGCCUCCAAUUUCUGCUGAUCAGGAUUUCAGGGAGAAGAAGCUGCUUUUCCCCCCUUCUCUUCUAACUCAGUUUCCUGCAUGACUUCAGCUAUUGGCUAGUCCUAGGAAAGAAAGUGGGAAAAGCUUUUUCCUGUGUAUUCUUUUGGGCUGGAUAGUUUUCCAGGACUCCAGUCUCUCUUGGGCUGUGUGACAAGCCACUGGGUUCUUCAAAGGAUAAGCUACUUCCAUAAAGGACAUACCCUUGGUCAAACGGGCUGCCGGCAGGUGGGAAUGAGAUCCCGAAACCAAGGUAGUGAGAGUUCAUCCAACGGGCAUAUCUCCUGCCCCAAGUCCUCCAUCAUUAGCAAUGCUGAAGAAAAAAAUCUCUCAGAAGAUGCAAAAAAGAAGAACAAAUCAAAUAGGAAAGAGGAUGAUGUCAUGCCCUCAGGAACUGUCAAACGACACCUCAAGCCAUCUGGAGAAAGAGAAGAAAAGAAUAAGAAAACCUUGGAAUUGUCCAAAGAAGACCUUCUCCAGCUACUCAGUAUAAUGGAAGGGGAGUUGCAGGCCAGAGAAGAUGUGAUCCACAUGCUGAAAACGGAGAAAACCAAACCGGAGGUUUUGGAAGCUCACUAUGGCUCAGCAGAGCCAGAGAAAGUGCUUCGAGUCUUGCAUCGAGAUGCCCUUCUUGCCCAGGAGAAAUCUAUAGGAGAAGAUGUCUAUGAAAAACCCAUUUCAGAGCUGGACAGACUGGAGGAAAAACAGAAAGAAACCUACCGGCGCAUGCUAGAGCAGCUCUUGCUGGCAGAGAAGUGUCACAGGCGCACCGUGUAUGAGCUGGAGAACGAGAAGCAUAAACACACAGACUACAUGAACAAGAGCGACGACUUCACCAACCUGCUGGAGCAGGAGCGGGAGAGAUUGAAAAAGCUCCUUGAACAAGAAAAAGCUUAUCAAGCCCGCAAGGAAAAGGAAAAUGCUAAGCGACUCAACAAACUGAGAGAUGAGCUUGUGAAACUCAAGUCUUUUGCACUCAUGCUGGUGGAUGAAAGACAAAUGCAUAUUGAGCAACUUGGCCUGCAAAGCCAGAAAGUACAGGAUCUUACUCAGAAACUAAGGGAAGAAGAAGAAAAGCUCCGAGCCAUUACCUCCAAAUCCAAAGAAGACAGGCAGAAACUGCAUAAGUUAGAGGUCGAUUUUGAACACAAGGCUUCAAGGUUUUCCCAAGAGCAUGAGGAGAUGAACGCAAAAUUGGCCAAUCAAGAGUCGCAUAACAGGCAACUUAGACUCAAGCUGGUUGGUUUAACUCAGAGGAUAGAGGAGCUAGAAGAGACCAACAAAAAUCUUCAAAAAGCAGAAGAAGAACUUCAGGAAUUAAGAGAUAAAAUUGCCAAGGGGGAAUGUGGCAAUUCCAGUCUCAUGGCAGAAGUGGAAAAUCUUCGGAAGCGUGUACUUGAAAUGGAGGGUAAGGAUGAGGAGAUCACGAAAACCGAAUCCCAGUGCAGAGAACUGAGGAAGAAGCUUCAAGAAGAAGAGCACCACAGUCGUGAACUCAAACUUGAAGUUGAGAAGUUACAGAAGAGAAUGUCUGAACUGGAGAAGUUGGAAGAAGCUUUCAGCAAGAGUAAAUAUGAAUGUAAUCAGCUUCAUCUGAAUCUGGAGAAAGAAAAAAACUUAACCAAAGACCUGCUGAAUGAGUUGGAGGUGAUCAAGAGUCGGGUCAAAGAACUAGAAUGUUCUGAAAGCAGAUUGGAAAAGGCUGAAUUGGCUCUAAGAGAUGAUCUUACAAAGUUGAAGUCUUUUACCGUGAUGCUGGUGGAUGAAAGGAAAAAUAUGAUGGAAAAAAUAAAGCAAGAAGAAAGAAAAGUAGAUGGUCUCAAUAAAAGUUUCAAGGUAGAGCAAGGGAAGGUUAUGGAUGUAACUGAAAAACUAAUUGAAGAAAGUAAGAAGUUUUUAAAGCUGAAAUCAGAGAUGGAAGAGAAGGUCUACAGCUUGACAAAAGAGAGAGAUGAGUUAAUAGGCAAGCUGAAAAAUGAAGAAGAAAAAUCCUCUGAAUUGAGCUGCAGUGUUAACGUUCUGAAGAAGAGACUGGAUGGGAUAGAGGAGGUGGAGAGAGAGAGAACAAGAGGGAGGUCUCGGAAAGGAUCAGAGUUCACCUGCCCAGAAGAUAACAAGAUUAAGGAGCUAACCCUCGAAAUAGAGAGACUAAAGAAACGUCUCCAGCAGCUGGAGGUGGUUGAAGGGGAUUUGAUGAAGACGGAGGAUGAGUAUGAUCAGCUAGAGCAGAAAUUUAGAACGGAGCAGGAUAAGGCUAACUUCCUCUCUCAACAGCUGGAAGAGAUAAAGCACCAAAUCGCCAAGAACAAAGCCAUAGAGAAAGGGGAGGCUGUGAGCCAGGAAGCCGAGUUGAGACACAGAUUUCGGUUAGAAGAAGCCAAAAGUCGAGACCUCAAAGCCGAAGUGCAAGCCCUGAAAGAGAAGAUUCAUGAGUUAAUGAACAAAGAGGAUCAGCUUUCUCAGCUUCAAGUGGAUUAUUCUGUCCUUCAACAGAGAUUCAUGGAAGAAGAAAAUAAGAACAAAAAUAUGGGGCAGGAGGUCCUCAAUCUGACCAAAGAGCUGGAACUUUCUAAACGGUAUAGCCGAGCGCUUAGACCCAGCAUGAAUGGGAGAAGAAUGGUGGAUAUUCCUGUGACAUCCACUGGAGUCCAGACUGAUGUCAGCAGUGAGGCGGCAGAGGAAGAGACACCAGCAGUCUUUAUACGAAAGUCCUUCCAAGAAGAAAAUCACAUCAUGAGUAAUCUUCGACAGGUGGGGCUGAAGAAGCCCAUGGAAAGAUCUUCUGUCCUAGACAGGUACCCUCCAGCAGCAAAUGAACUCACCAUGAGAAAGUCCUGGAUUCCAUGGAUGAGAAAAAGGGAAAAUGGCCCAGCGAUUACUCAAGAGAAGGGGCCUCGAACAAAUUCCAGUUCGGGGCACCCAGGAGAGCUGGUUCUUUCACCCAAGCAAGGCCAGCCCUUACAUAUUCGAGUGACCCCAGACCAUGAGAAUAGCACUGCCACCCUGGAGAUAACUAGCCCAACCUCUGAAGAGUUUUUUUCUAGUACCACGGUCAUUCCUACCUUAGGGAAUCAGAAACCGAGGAUAACCAUUAUCCCAUCACCAAAUGUUAUGUCUCAGAAAUCAAAAAGUGGAGACAGUACUCUGGGUACAGAACGAGCCAUGUCGCCAGUCACAAUCACGACAUUUUCCCGAGAAAAGACCCCAGAAGGUGGAAGAGGUGUGUUUGCAGAGAGACCCACUUCCCCGAUUCAGAUAAUGACUGUGUCCACAUCCGCGGCACCACCUGAGAUGCCUGUCUCCCCGGAGUCCCAGGAAAUGCCCAUGGGAAGGACUGUCUUCAAAGUCACCCCAGAAAAACAGACUGUCCCAAAUCCAGUUCGGAAAUACAACUCCAAUGCCAACAUCAUCACCACGGAAGACAAUAAAAUUCACAUUCACUUAGGCUCUCAGUUUAAGCGAUCCCCAGGGACCUCAGCAGACGGGGCAAGUCCAGUUAUUACUGUCCGACCUGUCAGCGUGACAGCUGAAAAGGAGGUUUCCACUGGCACCGUCCUUCGCUCUCCCAGGAAUCAUCUGUCCUCACGACCUGGUGCCAGCAAAGUGACAAGUACUAUCACUAUCACGCCAGUCACAACCUCAUCCUCCAGAGGAACCCAGUCAGUGUCAGGACAAGACGGGUCAUCCCAGCGGCCUGCACCCACCCGCAUUCCUAUGUCAAAAGGUAUGAAAGCAGGAAAGCCAGUAGUGGCAGCCCCAGGAGCAGGAAAUCUGACCAAGCUCGAGCCUCGAGCUGAGACUCAGUCUAUGAAAAUAGAGCUGAAGAAAUUUGCAGCCCGCAGCGCUCCGUCUCUCGGAGGGGGGAAGGGCUGAGGGCGGUGGUCGAGGGGGUAUGUUGUGCCCACGCUACUGCUGCCCUGGAAAGAGCCUUCACCUGUUUGUGCCAACUCUUUGCACCUACUAAUUUAAGAUUCCAGCAUCUUGUUCAUAAAAUAAUCAACCGAGAGCUAUGUGUCUUCUCUCUUUGGUGAUGUGUAUUGAUGCCAGCGAACAGCAAAAAAUACUGUUUGCCUGCGCUUUGCUGAGAGUGCUUGGGCUGAGACAGGGUCUGGCUGUAAGGCCCAGUUUUGCUUCUAGAAAGAGACCCCAUCCGUUAUUCCAUCUGAGCUUCAGUGUCGUCAUCAGUAAGAUGUGGGGUUGGAUCAAAUCCUUUCCAUAUUAACUAAUUGGAAGUCAAAUUCAGUACUCUGGUUCCACAAUGAUCAACUUUUCCGAAAUUCGGUGACAUACUCAGAAGUAACUUAAUAAUUGUCUUUUGCCUCUAUAGAAUUCUGAAUUUGCUUCAUGUGCUGGGAAAAUAUAUUUCCUAGCUAUUAUCAGGCCUGGAUUUCUGAUGUUUUGGGGAGGAAACGCCUCUAAGAUGAUUUUAGGAUCUCAUUUGAAUGUGAAAUAAAAUGGAAAGAAAAUAUAAAAUCUUAAAAACAGAGUUUUACUUAUUUGUGUGUUUGUGUAUACUGUAGAAGUUUUGGACAUCUCCAAAACAAUCCUAGAUUUACAGGUGAUAAUUUUAGAACCACUAAUGUCAGACUCAUGCUCUAUUCAAGUGUGCAAUUGAUUUAAAUCUUGGAACUCCUAGAUGAUACUUUCUAGCUCAAUGUAUAUUACAAUCAACGGAAAAUAGAAGAAAGUAUAUUCUGAUAUAUUCAUGCCAAAAAGAAAGAAUGACAUCAUACGUAGCUUAACUGAAUUCAAAUAUAAUUUCCUCAAUUAUGUGUGUACAUUACUUGCAAAUCUUGAGCCAGUUCAUAAUUUUGGAUGUGUGUGUACAUGGUGUGUGUGUAUGUGUGUAUGUGUGUGUGGUGCAGUGGAUAAUUCUUUAUGUCAGUUUUACUUGUGCUUUUUUUUAAUAAGUAAUUUUUUGUCUAUUUUAAGCAUGUUCUAAUAAGCAUGAAACAGUACCUGAAUGCAAAGUGCCAGGUGUCUUUGUUGGAAAUUUAACCAUAAUGACAUGAAUAUCAUGCUAGUCAAAUCAUCACAAAUUUGCUGAUGGCUAGUGAUCCACAAUUAGCAUGCGAGGUAGGUCUCACAUAGGCAACAACUCUUGAACAUUUUUAGUAACUGGACAAAUUUAUAAAAAUAAAAUAAUUUUAAAGUCACAGGUUAUUAUUAUUUUAUUUCUGAAUUGUGAGAGUACCAAAGUUAUUGGAUAAUACCUACUCUUGAUAUUUGGGGAAACAUAGCUUAUUUUUUUUAAAGAUGUAUCUUUAGUUUUUAGCUCAUAAGUAAUCAUAUAUCAUGGUACUCUUUUCUGAGUUUUUUCCCUGCCAGAUUUCCUAUCCCUCAAGAGAAUCUGAACUUGGACUUGAAUUGUAUUAUGGUGGUAGAGGCCACACUAUUCACAUUCAUUCCCAUCACACCUCUGCUGCAGAAAGGCUCAUCUGUUCCCAGCAUAUGUAUUUAAAAAAAUACUGAUUAUAGUAG